GGCGAUUCACACCAUCAUAUUCUUCCACGAGAGGUCUAACUCGCACCGACACAUCCUGCCGGUUGCUGAGUAAAGCAGUGCCAUCAGUCGAAGGAUUUUUCAAUCACCAGCUUUAACCCCAAUAGAGAUCGACACGGAGUUUCACUGCGCUUGACCUCCGUCAUUACUUAACCCCCAAUUAACCCCUCUUCCCCACCUGCCUCUGGCGGAUUCCAUCUAUAUAAACCGUCAACGUGGCUUCCGCAGCUGUCCAGACGUCUUACAUGAGUUCUGCUACUGAUCCGAUGGGCGCUCCCUCGAGCUUUGCUGCCCGAAGAUCAGCUGCUUCAAAUCUCCCAGCCUUCGAGCUUCCGCCUCCAUCAUUAUCUGCUAUCCAGCAAAAGUUCCCGUCAUUCACCACCGUCAAUGUACCGCAACCGUCUCCCGUCAACGCCAAUGUCAACAGCGUCGGCAAUCUCUUGACGCCACCGUCCCAAGCUCCCGGUGACGCACUAAGUCCUGUUUCCUCUGGACUUCAUAGCGGGAGUUCUGGCUCCACCCAGGGUUUACCGGCGUACAGCCCGGGUGCAAUCUGGGCCGCCGCUUCUCAGGGAGCGGCUGCUCCGUAUACCCUCGGCUCCACACCAACCUAUGGCACGCCGAAUGUCAUGAAUCCGCUUCUCCCGCCGCGAGGAAUGUUCUCACCCUCUUUUAACUCGCUGACCCGGAAUAAUACCAACUCCCCAAGCGCAGCAGAUGCACUUCCUCCGCCACCCUACGAACUCAGUCUGCCGCCUUUCCCUACAUCCGCGUCCAUGUCGGCCCCUGGAGCUCUGCCAGCAUUGGCGGUACAGCAGCAAGCAAUGGCGCUUCUGAGCGCACAAGCACCCACCAGUACAGCUGGCUCACAACCCUCUCCUAUCCCGGCGUCUGAUCCUUAUCACGCCCAAAGACAGCCUCCGACACCGUCCUAUUACGGCGGAUCUCAGUCGUCCUCAACGCCACAUCAAUCCCAGUACGCUGGAUUCUCUGCUCCUUCGCCCAGUCAACAGAACCCUCUCAAUGCUCGACACCCCUCCUCGCGACUAUCGCCUCCUGGUGUUACGCAAGCUCCCAUGCUCCAAGCCGCUGCAAAUCCUCAACUAAAUCAUUACCCCCGAGCUCUUAGCGCAUACUCUCUCCCUGCGAUGCCCGGUCCAGUGAUGUCGAACAUGCACAGCCCGGGAGGACAGAUGGCGCUCAUCGGAAGUAUGGCCAACGGCUUGCUUACGGGUUACCACGGACCACAUGCAGCGGGCAUCUCCCAGCUAUACGGAGCCCAUGCUCAACCGCCCCCUCAGCCUUCAAAUGAUCGGCCUUUUCGAUGUGAUCAAUGCCCUCAAAGUUUCAAUCGCAAUCACGAUCUGAAGCGGCACAAACGAAUUCACCUUGCCGUGAAGCCUUUCCCGUGUGGGCAUUGCGAGAAGAGCUUUUCCCGUAAAGAUGCUUUGAAGGUAAGUUUGAAUCGUGAAACCGGUAUAGUUGUCCAAAAAUUUGGAAUGCUAAUUUCAAAAUAGCGACAUAUCCUUGUGAAGGGCUGCGGAAAAAAUCGUGACGAAAAGCACGAGGGUUCAGUCUCGCCCGUCGAUAAGUCGGAAAUAAUAAGCAACGAC